GAUAAGAAAUUGUCAAAUUUUAAAAAUAAAUACGAACUGGCAAAACAGAAAUAUAUAUUUUACAAAUAAUUUUUGAAUAUUACGAUGCAAUCUGAUGGAUCUAUAGUGCCAGACCAUCAUGUUUAUGUUAUACCAAGUAAAUUGAUCAAAACUACAGAUGAUAUGCGGAGUUGGGAAAAAUCCGAAACUUAUUAUGAAUAUUUGGGUUUUAUUUAUACCCUGAACGAUGCCAUUAAAGGUAAAUCCAUUGAACAGGCAUCAGCUAAUGUUUCCACCGAGAUUGAUAAGAUAUGCGAAUUAUUAGAUAUUAUAGGGAUUUUGAUGGAGGAAUGUCCUACAGUUGAACAUUGGGAAGAGAAAUGCAAUCCAGCAUUUAGAGAUUGGUACGAAAGAGUGAAAAAUCAAGCCAUUAUUUUACUUCAAACAGUUAUACCAGAACCUUUGCAUAGAGCAAUACCAGAAAUAAUGAUCUAUUUUGUGGAAGGCUUCGGUGGUUCUAUAAAUGUUGAAUAUGGAACCAUCCAUGAACUAUCUUUUCUUUUGUUUUUAUGUUCUCUUUUUAAAAUUGGAUAUUUGAAAACAUCCGAUAUAUCUGCAGUAGCUACUAAAGUGUUUUUAAGGUACCUAAAAUUGGCUCGAAAGCUACAAAUAACUUACCAGAUGGAACCAUUUGGAAAUGAGGGGGUGUGGAGUCUGGAUGAUUAUCAAUUUGUACCCUUUAUUUUGGGCAGUUCACAAUUAAUUGAUACCGUAUUAUUGAGCCCCUCCAGUUUCCUUAAAGAAGCAAUUGUUAACAGAUAUUCGUCCAAAUAUAUGUUUUUUAAUUGCAUAGAGCAUAUCAACACGAGAAAAUCCGGUCCCUUUGCUGAGCAUUCAAACCAGUUAUGGAACGCUAGUGGGCUUUCAUCUUGGGCUACAGUGAAUUCUAGUCUUAUAAGAAUGUACCGGGAAACAGUUCUGAGCAAAUUUAAUCUAGUUCAACAUAUAAAUUUUGGAUCGAUCUUCACUCUUAAUCAAGCAGAACCAGGUUCGAGUAUCCGAAGACCAAAGACAAGUUUAGCAGCUCUACAUAAAACUCUAGCAAACGUGGAAUUUAGCGGUCAACGUGGAAUAAGGAGUCUUAUAUCUGCAGAUGUGCGCAGCGACAUAGCAGGGACUGCAGGAAAAUCUUCUAGUAAUUCGAGCAGCUUUAGCAGAGGUCAACAAGAUCCAAAAUUAUCCGAUGAUAGACAUUUUAAAGAAGAUCGAGAUGAUUUAAUAAGCGAGAGUCUACAAAAAACUCCAAAGACAUCUUUUGACAAAGAUUCUAUGUUUAAAGAUGAGACGGAGAAACCAAAUCCUGAGUUUAGCUCUCGUAGAAGUAAAAAUGCUUCAGUAACCAUAGUUCUUGACAAUGAGGACGAUGAAAUAUAAGGCACUAGUCAGAAAGAGAGAAAAAUAUAUUUUAUUAAAUUAAAAUGUGAUUAUUUUCAAGCAUGAUGAAUAAAAUAUGUUAUUUAUUUA